ACGUCCACUGGUAGAGACUACAGAGAGAGAGAGAGAGAGAAAGAAAGAGAGAUAUGGGCAGCGACGAAGAGACCGGCGAGGGAUACGCAGCGAGUUGGGGCAUGACAGCGAAGCCGUGCGACUCAUGUAAAUCGGCGGCGGCACUCCUAUUCUGCCGAGCGGACUCGGCCUUCCUCUGUAUUGACUGUGAUGCCAAGGUGCACGGAGCAAACAAGCUCGCGUCCCGUCACGAGCGCGUGUGGAUGUGCGAGGUCUGCGAGCAAGCUCCAGCAAGCUUCACCUGCAAAGCCGAUGCCGCUGCUCUAUGUGUCACCUGUGACCGUGAUAUUCACUCGGCAAACCCACUCGCUCGCCGACACGAACGAUUCCCAGUCGUGCCCUUCUUCGAACCCGCCGCGUCUGUCGUUAAAUCCAACGCAGUUAACCUCCUCGUCCCCAACAAAUCUAACGGCGACGAUGACGAUGACCUUAACGAUGCCGAUGGUGACGGAGAAGAAGCUGAAGCUGCUUCUUGGCUGUUACCGAACCCUAACCCAAAUAAGCUCAUCGAAGCUCAGGAUUUGAAAUCUGGAGAUUAUUUCUUCUCGGACAUGGAUACUUACCUGGAUCUCGACUGCAAUCCUCCUUCCAUAGGGACUGAUAGCGUAGUUCCUGUGCAAACAAAACCCCCUCCACCAAAUCUCAUCAACCCAUCAUCAGACAACUGCUACGACAUCGAUUUUGGCGGUCGAUCCAAGCCUUGUUACAGCUACACCACUCUAUCUCUUAGCCAGAGCGUCUCUUCGUCUGAUGUUGGGGUAGUGCCUGAUAAUGGGAAUUCGAUGGCGGACAUAUCAAAUCCGUUUGGGAAGCACGUGACAAGUUCAACUGAUAAUCAAGCAUCGCAGCUUGCGGGUUUGGACAGGGAAGCGAGGGUUCUGAGGUACAGAGAGAAGAGGAAGAACAGGAAGUUCGAAAAGACCAUUAGGUAUGCUUCAAGGAAAGCAUACGCAGAGACAAGACCGAGGAUCAAAGGCAGGUUUGCGAAACGAACGGAUAUUGAAGUUGAAGUCGAUCGAAUCUACAGCUCUGGUGCUGCUUUAAUGACAGAUACUGGUUACGGUAUCGUCCCAUCCUUCUGAUUCAUCAAGAAGAAGGCUCUUCUGUUUUCUUCUCAGCUCUUCCGAACUCUUUUUCUAGGUAGUAAUUAGACGAAAAGAGGGAGGGUAAUGUUUUUUUUCCCUUGUUUCCUCAGUUGUUUUUGUUGUUCUUUCGUGUUUAUCUGUAAAUUAAGCUUGAUCGGUGAAAAUACAACCCGUCGAUUUGCAGAAA